AUGGAGAAACGGUCGGGAAACACUCAAUAUGUCAUGGAAAGAAGUAUAUCGGAUCAUUGCCCUAUAGUCUUGAAAGUAACAAACUAUGAUUGGGGUCCCAAACCCUUUAGGGCCCUUGAUUGUUGGUUCAUGGAACACGGCUUCAAAGAAAAGGUAGCGUGGAUGUGGAAUUCAUAUGAAGUACAAGGGAGAGGGGCUUAUGUACUCAAAGAGAAGAUCAAGCUACUAAAAAAAGACCUUAAACAGUGGAACAAGGAAAGCUUUGGGAACCUUCAAAAACAAUCUAAGGACCUAGUGGCAAAGAUAAAUCUCUUAGACUUGAAGGGUGAAAAUGGAAGCUUAUUGCAAGAAGAGAUGGAUAGCAGAAGAUUUUAUGUAGGUGAGUAUUGGAAAAUUGCAAGGAGAAAUGAAUCCCUUCUACCUCAAAAAUCAAGAAGUAGGUGGAUAAAGGAAGGUGAUGGUAAUACAAAGUUUUUUCGUGGUGUCAUAAAUUGGAAGAGAAGGAAGAACAACAUCAAAGGGAUUUCCAUCAAAGGAAGAUGGGAGGAGGAACCAAGACUUGUGAAGAAAGAGGUGUUGGAAUUUUAUCAAAAAAUAUUCUAUCAAGAAGCAUGGAUGAAACCACGACUUGAUGGCAUGUCCUUCAAACACUUGGGGGUUGGUGACAAUGAUUCGCUUUGUUGUUGUUUUAAUGAAGGGGAGAUAAAAAAGGCAAUGUGGAAUUGUGAAGGUGAUAAAAGCCAGGGCCCCGAUGGGCUCAAUUAUAAUCUUAUAAAGAGAUAUUAG